AUGAAGGUUUACAACGGUUUGCCUAAUACUACUGCCAUGUCAAUGCAAUCAUUUUAAUGUCAGCUUCCGCGGUAAAGACAAAGGGCGAUAACGGAAGAUAGUGAUGUUCUAGUUAACUUAUAGUAGUGUACUACCAGUGUUGUGGCGGAUUUGUUCGGCGAAAGCGAAGAUAUGAAUACGACUCAACCGCAAGUGAAGCCAGAUGAGCUUGGCGCACACAACACGACGGAUGUGACGUCGAUAAAGGAGGAGCCCGUAGAGGUGCUGACCAUUAUCGUCUGGUCGCUAGGUGGCGUCCUGCUCCUCGUGUUACUCACCCUACUCGUGCGCAUCGUUCUCGCCCGAAACAAGCGCGAGCUGGACGUCUGCGACUAUGACCAGUUUGGUAACGCUGUACUGAACACUGGGCGAAGAAGGGGAAGGCACACUCUGAGGAUCUUUCUGGACCAGCCGGGUUCUCGUCCCAUCGACCUAGGCUCCCCAUCUCGUGACACUGGGAUUCUGGUUCCUACGUCACAUCCGGCGUCCACGGGAACUACACAGGAAAACCUAUAUAGCGACCCUCCGCCUUACGAAAGAACGCUUCAACCACAAAACACUACAUCUACUCCAACGUUACGCGCACAACAACUCAGUAAUCCGCAUAAUAAUAAUAACGUACCUAGCGAGUUGCGGUCUAGUGUGAGGACACUUGACUAUAUGCCGGACUGUUAUAUUUCCCCGGAGUUACCGACUAAUUGUGAGAUAAUCACGCGACAGCUCAGGGUAGGAGAAUACGUAAACAGUUUACCAGUUCCGGUACCCGUUCAACAGACUGCUCAAUUGUUGCGCGAUUACGUCACAGGAUCACGCGCAUCUAUUAACGGUUACGUCAUUAGUCCGCCGUCAUAUCGUGACGUAGUGAACUCCGGUAGCAGAAUUCCGGCCGUUAUAAUUGACACGCCGAGAACUCGACCGGAUCCUAGAAGAUUGCUUUUCUCGUUGUGAUGUUUGAUUACGGGUAUUUCAUUUAAAAACAAAAUAUGUUGCCAAAAACCAUGUUAUAAUUUGCUAAUAAAUGAUAGUCGCAUAUUGUUUGAAAUAAUACAACCUUAUUCAUUAUAAUAAAAUUUAAUGGUGCUAUAAUCAUUAUAAGGUAGUGCUCAUAUCGCUAGUCUGAUUAUUAAAACUGUUCAUAUUUCAUUAUGACCAAACAUGUCUGUAUAUAUGUAUUUAGUCAUUUUUCUUUUGUUGAUUGUUUCACCGUUUGCUAGGGGAAACAACUAAUCCAUUUUGAGACUAUACUUUUUUUGAGUUAAGUUUCUUGUAUUUUUGUUUGACAAACAUAUUUUAGCUGACAUGGGCACAACUUGCUUAUGAUAAGCCUUUGUGAUCAUCUUUUGCACGUCGUUCGUGAACAUUUACUUCAUGCACAGUUGAGAAGCCACAGUAUUUCUCCGAUCUUCGUGAAAUUUUGUCAGAAUGACAUCCCGCACAAAGUCUGUUUGCCGUGGAGUUAAAACAAGGUCACUAGGAAAAAAGCUUUCUAUCACAAUAUUAACCAUUUAUGUGUUUCCCAUUAAUCACUUAAUUUGCUCAGCUAAGCUGCUAACUUGCUAAGGUGUGGGUUUUCCUUUAAUGGCGACUGUAAAAUGUGUAAACACUUCAGUCAAAUGCUCAAAACAAAUGUUAAAAACAUUGGAUUUGAAGAUAUCUCGUCCAAGUUAUACUUUUUUCUCGGGCAGUUGAAAGGGCAUUUUAGGCUACUUUAAAAUCACGUGCAGACGCUAUGCAUAUUUUUCCUGAAUCACCACGAAACUUGCUCAGAACAUUUGUUAUAAUUAUAUCUCUUAUGAGUUGUAAAAUGGUUACGUAAACACAACAAGCUGCUCAUAAAAGUUCCUUCUGGUAUCAGAUGAGCAGCAUUGUGCCAUGGGCUUUAUGCCCUAUUAAGAUAAAUGUACUAUGUAUAUAGUUGAUAUGUUUUAUCUGUACUUUGUCAUAUUAUAUGUAUGCUAUAUCAUAUUGAUAUGUUAGAUACGUGCAAUAAAUUAUCAAAAUAGA